CAUUCAGAUUCAAAGUCGCUAUCAUCAUUCCCUCCUUAUCGGUUCAAUCUUCCAGCUUGAGAGCACCGGAUAUUCGAUUCAACUGCUCUCGCUCAGUAUCGCCAGCUGUGCUUGGUGUCAAUCUCCUGAAAUUCAAUUCCUCCGCUGCCAAGCCAGAAAUCAAACAGAACAAAACGAACGCCAAAGCUCAACAUUCGACGUCUGAUCACGACAUCCUACUUCAAAUACUCCUCGUCAACAGAACAUCAUCAUCAUGGCUUCGAGAGCAUUUUCUCCGCUGCCUCGGACAAUGGCGAAGUCGCCUGCCUUCACACGCGUCCACAGAACUGCUCCUUUUUCGACCUCCAGUCAGCUGCUCAACUCAGUGGACACGGUUCUCCCAAGGUACAAGCCUCUUGGGGCCUUUAGAGGAGGAAUAUUUGGAUUCCUUUUCGGCUCCACAGUCGCAGGCGCCUCGGUCUACUAUUAUAUCCUACAGGAAUACAGACUGUCAAAUGACAUGCUGACGGAAGACAUCUACGUACGUUACUGCAUUUAAGAAACGUCGUUGCCGUGUCUGCUGCAUUCCCCCUUUUUCUGUGCCUGCUGCAACUUCUCGAACGCUGGAUCAUGCACGUCCUUUCUAGGGACAAUACCUUGCGUGUUUAUUUCGGGACUGCUAUAAUAGAGGCCCCGGGACGCUGCCCGGGGCUAUAAUACUGUUUCAGCAUAGAUAGACUAGAUUCGAUGCUUUUAGUGUGAUACCUUGUGCCCCGUUUCCUUGGAUCUACGUUUGAGGCUGACGACCUGUGCUUUUUCGGGAUCACUUGGGUUUCUAUAGGCCUUAAAAGCUGCGACGCAACGCCUUUCCACUUAUGUAGUGGAAUUGGAAGGCAAACUGGACCAGUUGCAGAAGAAAAAAUGACUAUAAACGCUAUACUCACGUCUGGCUGGCUUUUGUCACGACUGUCUUCAUUCCCCAUGAAAUUUUUGUCUCCCUCAUUCGGCUCUUGCAAGUUCAUUUCUGCUUAUCCGCUGUGUGUACUUGUAUGUAAUUUGAGCUUUUGUGUUCGGCAAUUAGAUCUCGAGGUCGUUACCAUUUAA